GUGUCCAUGAGUUAAGCUGUUGUUGACAUUUUUCUGCUCUUCUUUUCAAAAAUAAAAAAGUGUUUUACUCAUCUUUCAUCAUCUGUAAAUAAUUUAACUUCCUUAAUUUGAGGUUAUCAAGUUUCAGUCGAGGUGCUGAGUUCAGAGGUCGUGUGAGCAAAACAAAUCAGUUUUUUUAGUAAAAAGUUAAGUUUGUAUUUUUUUACUUUCACAAUGUCUGUUUUUUUCCCCAUUUCUAAAAUGAAAAAAGAGGAAGACGGCAUUAAAAAGUGAUGUGAUCCACCAAUGUGAUGCUCCUCUGUUUUGUUUAGGAGAAAAUAAAGACGACAAACUGAUGAAAUUUUAGUCUCAUUUAAAUCAGAACUUCUUUUUUUGUCUGACGGGAAUUUCAAAAGAAAGCAACACCGAUAGUUUCCUCUUUUGUCAUUUCACAUCCUCACAACUCGAGAGGAGCUUCAGGUCAGCGGCGGCCUGUUGGAGGCGACCUCUUCAACCAGCUCAACUUUGCAGAUCAUGAUUUGAUUAUCUCUUUGAUCUAUUAUCGGUCGCAGACUAACUAUGCAUCAGCUUUCCUGGUUGCAUCCGUCAGCUUAGCCUCUCUAAGUUUUUACAGACCUUUUUUUUUUUUUUUUUGUCAGCUACAUCAACUUCCUCAUUCGCCGGCUUGUGUCAGAGUUGGAGCACGCUCCUGAAACCAGAACAAAAACUGAGACAGCCGCCGCACGACAGCAGAGCGGAGCCGUCCGCCUCCUCCUUCUGAUGCGUUUGGCGUUUCCGGAUCAGGACGCCUGAACUGGACUGAGACGCUCAGGGAGAACGUCUGGUUCCCUCCCGCCAGGAUGCUGCGGCAAUCGUUCAGCCUCCUGAAGUUUGGAUCAGCAGCUAACAGGUCACAGGAUGCUACUGACCUUCUCCACGAGGACCUGGUCAUGGUGGAGCAGCGGGUGGAGCCGGCCCAGAGGGCAGCUAAGGUCCUGUCCAAGAAGCUGCAGGGCUGCAUGCAGAGCCAGACGGGGCUGGAGGCCGAGAGGCGGAUGAAAAAGCUGCCCCUCAUGCAGCUGUCUGUCAGCAUGGCGGAGAGCCUGAAGGACUUUGAUGCUCACUCCUCCAUCAGGAGAGUUCUGGAGAUGUGCUGCUUCAUGGAGCAGAUGCUGGCCACCAUGCUGGCAGACUUUGAGGUGAAAGUGGAAAAGGAAGUUCUGGAGCCGCUCAAUAAGCUCAGCGAGGACGAUUUGCCAGAAGUCCUAAAGAACAAAAAACUGUUUGCGAGACUCACCACCGACUGGAACAACGCCCGACUCCGGAGUCAGACCAGCACCGCCCCCCAGGCGAAGCAGGACGGCCUCAGGGAGGAAGUCGAAGAAGCCUGGAGGAAACUGGAGAGCAUCAAGGACCAGUACUCUGCAGACCUCUAUCACUUUGCUACCAAAGAAGACGACUACGCUAACUACUUCAUACAUCUUCUGGAGCUGCAGGCGGAAUACCACAAAAACUCUCUGGAGUUCCUGGACAAAAACAUCAGCGAACUCAAAGAGAAUCACAGUCAGAAAGGGCCCGCGGUAAACCUCUCCAAGCAGAAGGUCUACGGCGAGCCUCUGCUCUCACAUCUGUCCCAGUCCGACCGAGAGAUCGCCGUUCCCAUUCAGGAGUGUAUUCACAUGCUGCUGAGGACGGGCAUGAAGGAGGAGGGUUUGUUCCGUCUGGCUGCUGCAGCGUCAGUGAUGAAGAGGCUGAAGACGUGUCUGGACCAGGGAACCGUCGACCACGACGAGUUCAGGAUGGACCCGCACGCUGUGGCCGGAGCGCUGAAGUGUUACCUCCGAGAGCUUCCUGAACCCCUGAUGACCUUUGACCUCUACAGCGACUGGUUUAAAGCUGCAGGGGAAAAAGAUUUAGAGAAGAAGCUGGAGCAGUUCAAGGUUUUACUGAAGAAACUGCCGCCUGAAAACUACAAUAACCUCAGGUACCUGGUCCAGUUCUUGUCUCUGCUGUCGAAGCAUCAGGCUGUGAACAAGAUGACCCCCAGUAACAUCGCCAUCGUCCUGGGGCCGAACCUGCUCUGGCCAAAGGCUGAGGGGGAAGCAGCUCUUUUCGACAUGGCGUCGGCGUCUUCCGUCCAGGUGGUGACGGUCAUCGAACCUCUCAUCCAGUACAGCUCCAGCCUGUUUCCUGAAGAUGAAACCUUCGACAUCCCAGAGCUGCCCGAAACCCCAGAAGUGCCUGCUUCCACUUUCCCGCCCGUCCAUCCAGAGAAGGAGAAACUGGCCAGGAUGGUUUCCUCUGCAUCGACCGGCUCUUCCUCUUUUCACUUCCCUGUCUCCAGAACAAACAGCACUGCCUCUCAGGACAGCGGGGUUCUGGUGAAGUCCGGUUCUGUGGGCAGUCGGAGUGGAACCACCACGUGGAACAGUCCCACAAGCGAGACGUCGCCAUCCGCCAUCACAUCGUCCUCCCCUGCUUCCUCGAUACCAAACCAGAGCUCUCCCGGAGCGCCGGGGUCAGCGCAGGGGUCAGCGCCAGGGUCAACGUUGAACCCGGCGAGGACCCUCGCCCAGAGGCAGAUCUCGGAUCAGGGCCCACUAGAGCCGAUUUUGGAGGCUACACCAGAAUCUCCCAGAGCCCUUGUCAAGAUCCCAUAUCCGUAUAAACCCAAGAGGUCUUACAACUCCAAAUCCACGCCGGAGGACGAGCAGAUAGCAGUGCAGUUCUCUAAGCCGAGGGCCCCGGGGCCUCCGAAGAUGCAGGCCCCCCCUCCCCCGACCACGACCUCCACAGACGAUGCAAAGGUCCCUCCGAAGCCGGCGCCCCGGCUCCAACCGCCCAAAAAGCCUGUGGUGAAGAAGUCCGUAGUCAGAGCCCCAAACUGUCCUCCGCCUCUCCCGCCUCCAUCCCAGCCCAAGGAGCUUCCUUCUCUAGCUCAAUAAAAGCAAGAGGCUAAACCAGCCGGCGCUCCUGUUAUGAGUAAAAUC